AUGUUGCAUUGUCAAAUUUUUGUUCAGUGUGUCAAUAGUUUGAGUUCAUUUUUCAGAGUAAGGAUUAAACUUAAACUCAAUAUUCUCUAUGUAGAUUUUUUUUCUGGUACAUUUAUUCCCAAAAUUGAUCCAUUUUUCUCCUCAAAUUCCUUACUUGCGUUUCCAACGCCGCCUGCUUUUGAUCAGCUGAUAGUGAAGACAUCUUACGAGAUCCUACGGAAAAAAUCGCAGGCUGUAAAACUCGGACGUAAAACAGGGAGUAACUGCAACACCGCAACAGACGCAGCUGAUCCAAGCGCCUACAGUUCUACGUUUGGUUUUCAAAUUUGUAUAUUGCUGAUUUUUAUCUAUCUUAUAAUUAUUGUUUCUCCCACUACCUUCCUAGAAUAA